AAGUUUCUAUAGCAACAGACUCUCGAAGACUUCAAAAUGAACCAAGGGUCCACCACCCACGAACGAAUCAUUGAUCUUCUACCGGAAUACAACAAUUCAUACACUACUUUGACGUCUUCACUUUCCACCCUUCGCCUUCUUCCAGUCUUCGAAAGCCUUCAUGAAUUUUAUCCGCAAAAUGGAACCCUUUUUGUACUCGUCGCUGGCAUAUAGCUCUUUACCAGUCGGCGACAUAGCGAUCCCUUCAAACACUUUCGAAUCCUUAAGAACUUCGCCAAAACCCUCAAAAUCACCCCCCUUGUACUCAAAUUGAACGCUGGAGUCUUCGGUUCUCUGCGCUCCUUCAGUAAACGUCCAUGUUAAGAAGUUGGGCGAAGAUUCGCCAAUCGCUCUUCUGAUGAAGUGUUUGAUACGAGUCCGAACAGUGAAAGUAUUAGCUCCAUUCUUGAUAACCACCUUAAAUGUGACCGUGCUCUCCUCUGCAUCAGAUCCUGUUCUGAAUUCAAGGACAGGUGGUUCGGUUGAGGGUGUGGGUGGAGCUCGGGAUAACAAGGCAUUUGGCUAUUUUGAUACGUUAUAUACGGAAUCAGCGUUUGGAGGAUCAGGGACACCAGCCUGCUUUUUUAUCCUCAGCUGAGGAUAACAAUCUGGGCCCUGGCCGACGGGAAAUGUUAACCUAUGUUAAACCUAGCACAACCUAUUUAUCCAGCAAACCCCUUUCCCCUGCCCUCCCUUGCUUAAAAUAAGCAGGUGUCAAACACGCAAUGCGCAAUGGACUUUGCUGCGAAGUCUUGGGGAACAAAUCCUUUGGGCUUUCACCUCCUCACAUCACCUCACAUAACACCACCGCCGACGGCUCAUCACGCCUUGAAAGUAUAGAGAAAAUACCGCAGAAGAUUGUUGAAGGUAUUAAAGUCCUCGAAACGAAAUAUGAAAUAAUGUUAGGUGUUGGCGAAAGCGGGAUGGAGAAGGCUGGAAAAAGAGCGUAGUAAGCAGACCCGAGCUACGGCAUAGGAGCUCUGCAAUCGGGAUUUUUCCAAAAUUCACACGCUCAGAUCCUUCCAGGAUCCGACAGGCCCCCAGAAUCUCCUGCAGAACCCCACCCGGCCUGACGCCCUAAUUGACGCUAUG